AUGGGAAAAACAAUCAAAGUAAUUGGAUGUGCUGGAGUCAGCACUCUGCUCAUAUUGCUGCUGCCUCUUUGCUUCAUCCAAAAUUAUAAUGCACCCAGUGGUAAUGGUCACUCGAAUGACUCCCACGCAGUGGACACCACACCUGCUCCUGCGCCCACUGCACCACUUGAAUCUGGUAGGGAUGCGAUGAUGCGACUGCAUCGGCAGAAAAGGUACCUGCUCUUCCCCGAGGGCUCCUCGUUUCAGCUGGUGUUCGACAUCAUCAUACCCAUCGUGGACUACACCAACUACGCCAUCCUGGGCAUCACCUGCUCCGUAGCCUGGGAGCUGCCCAGUAAGCCGCCCAGCGAGCUGAUUGAAAACGUGCUCACGCGCAUCAACGACGGCACCAUUGGCACUGUCCGCCGCAAUGGCAGCGUUUCCGAUCCGGAAUCGGACCCCCCAUCCCAGUCCCUCUCCCAGGAGCAGGCACACUCCCAUGACCAUUCCCUGAAUCUGGAACUGGACAAUCGAGGAACAGGCACGGCUAAUUGGCAGGCAGUGCACGCACCGCCAGCGAAUCCACCGGCAUAUGCGUGGUAUUACACGAAUAUCCAGCGCAUCCCGGCCGCUUCAUACCCAUAUGCAAAUGCGAAUGCGUAUGCAAAUGCAAAUGGACAGCAGCGCCAGGCGGCGAUUCCUGCUAAUUGGCAUGCGCGACAGUCGCCCGCAGAGUGGCAGCAGAGGGGGGAGGCGGGGGCGGCGACGGCGGCGACGGGAACGGACAACUGGUGGACGCGGAAUGGACAGCGGGUGCAGCAGAACUGGCGCCAAAAGCAGCACAUGUGGGGCCCCUCGAAGUGGGACUAUGCCUACACCCAGCGACCACGACAAGUGCUGCGAGCGCCACCCAAACAUCACAUCUAUCCCGUGUUCGCCAGGCGGCGGAGGCGACGCGAUCUGGAGCAGGAUGCCCACCUGGAGCGAUUCCAUCUGCAACAGCAUCUCAGCUCGAGGCAGCUGCUCUUUGGCAAAAUCGAACGCCUGUACAAGUCGCGACGACUGAAUGGCACAUCCUGUGUGCUGCGGGCGCUCUGCGAGUCCGCCCAAAGGCAACGGCAUGUCCUGCGAGGGACGAGGACGGUCAAGCCACAAAGCUUUAUAAUGGAACUACUCUCGGCCAUCUUCCAGUUGCCCAGCAGCGAGGAUGUGGAUGAGCUGGCGGAACUGGAGCUAAUGAUGUCACCUCAUUAUCUGGAGGCACAUCGGCAACGGGGCGACUGUCGGCAAAUCUACGGCGAAUGCAAUCACACAUUCUGGUUGGACUGA